GAUCAUUUUCUUUCUACUUAUUCACCAAGGUUUGUUUCAUCGGCCGUGAGGAAAGGCCUUCCAUGUUAGUUUCCUCAAAUGAUUGUGACACAUUCUCUGACACAUAUGGUUGCAUUUUCAAUGCGUGUGUGGGCUACCAAUCACCCUUCCCAAUCGCCCGUUUUGGGGACCAAUUAAACUCUUCGAAGGAGAUAAGGGCGGUGGCCAUGGUAAGACAAUCUGGAUUACUGAAGACACCCCUUGCAUGGCGGCUCUUGAGUCUUGAUAUCUCGAAAAGAGAUUCUUGUUCUUCAUUUGAGCAAUUACUUUCAAUGCGGAAUAAUUUUUUGGAAUUGAAAAGCGAGAACCAGAAGCUUUUCCGAAACAUUGACCAGUAUAAACAGGUUACAGGGCUAGCGUUCCGAACACAUGAGAACAGCUUUUCGGCUAGUUUUUACCAUCAACCACAACAGUUGUCCCUGACCGCGAAACACAUAGCGGUAAAAGGAAUUCAAUCUCUCUCUUUCGCCUAUGGCGAUUGGGUAUGGUGUGCAGGCAGCGGUGACCCCCUCACUGUCUUCUCUCUUGACAUGGAGCACUUAUUUUCUGACACAGUAAUAAAGUCAGAUUUCAGUUUAGAAUUGCCCUCAGUUGGAAGUUGUAGUAUUAUGACUGCAGCAGCUUCGACUGCCAUAGUUUUCCAUGAAAGGGGAAUAUAUACCGUUGAUAGGCGAAAUGGGAAGCACUCUUGUGCUGAGUUCUAUAUAGAGCAAAGACAUAUCUGUAGCGGGGGGAUAUCUGGAGAAGAGUAUUUAGUGUGUUCUACGAAAUCAGAGGAACUUCUUGUGCUUGAUCGUCGAAGAAUGGCGGAGCCUUUGUUGCGACGAGACUUUGGUACUGCAGCAUCAGUUCGAUCGCAUAACAAAGACAGCGUUGCUCUUCUCGUCACGCGAAACCAAGUUGGCGUCUUUGAUGUGAUUUCACUGGAUGUUUUAGGAUCUGUCCAAGCUGCAGAUGGUGACAUUCUAGAUGCAACUUUUUUUCGGUGUACAUCCCAGACUAUACAGCUAUGCAUAGCAGAGUCCAAUGGUAUGGUGUAUGAUUGGUCUAUGACACUCUGAAGAGUUAGCCUCUCGGACA